CCUCCAGGGGAUCGCAUGGACCAGAUCCCAGAAGCACCGCAUGUGCAUGUGAAUCCAAAGGAUGUCCUGGAGCUGCCGCAAGGAAGAAAACUCACCCACCCUACCUGGGCAACCACCCUCCUGGGGGAAGGAGGACCCCCCCCCCCCCCCCAAUACACACACAUAGACACCACUCUUCUUCCACUCGCUCUCAUCGGUCUUGCAGGGGGGGUUCUCCCCUCCCUCCCCCCACACGUCUGGCACCACGGACACACUCAGUGUAUCAUUCUUGUUCCCGUGGCCCACACAUUCCUGCUGUCUCCCAAUCUCCCAGAGAUGAGGAGAUUCUCCCAGCUCCACUCUCUCUUACCCCAUUGAUCGACCCGACUAAAGCUUCCCCUUCGUGGGACACGCAUUCGGGGUCACCCUGGGGCAGAAACAUACAUGGGACACUCAUUCAGGGUCACCUCGGGGCCUACACGCAUUGAUGGGCCCACAGGUUCAUGCUCCCCGGCCUGGGAUUUUUCCCCAGUUGGCACGGAUCUGAGCUCUCAGAAUUGCUUUCUCCUCUUUCCACCCACACCCUAUUUUGCUUUGGGAGCCCCCAGCCCUGGGGAGAUGACCCUCACCCCUCCAAAUCCUUCGCCUUGUUUUGCUUUGGGAGCCCCCAGCCCUGGGGAGAUGACCCUCACCCCUCCAAAUCCUUCGCCUUUGCUUUGGAAGCCCCCAGCCCUGGGGAGAUGACCCUCACCCCUCCAAAUCCUUCGCCUUUGCUUUGGAAGCCCCCAGCCCUGGGGAGAUUACCCUCACCUCUCCAAAUCCUUCACCUUUGUUUGCUUUGGGAACCCCCAGCCCUGGGGAGAUGACCCUCACCUCUCUAAAUCCUUCGCCUUUUUUUGCUUUGGGAGCCCCCAGCUCUAGGGAGGUGACCCUCACCCCUCCAAAUCCUUUGCCUUUUUUUGCUUUGGGAGCCCCCAUUCCGGGGAGAUGACCCUCACCCCUCCAAAUCAUUCACCUUUUUUAUCUUUGGGAGCCCCCAGUUCUGGGGAGGUGACCCUCACCCCUCCAAAUCCUUUGCCUUUUUUUGCUUUGGGAGCCCCCAGCCCUGGGGAAAUGACCCUCACCCCUCCAAAUCAUUCACCUUUUUUUAUCUUUGGAAGCCCCCAGCCCUGGGGAGGUGACCCUCACCCCUCCAAAUCCUUUGCCUUUUUUUUGCUUUGGGAGCCCCUAGCCCUGGGGAAAUGACCCUCACCCCUCCAAAUCCUUCGCCUUGUUUUGCUUUGGGAGCCCCCAGCCCUGGGGAGAUGACCCUCACCCCUCCAAAUCCUUCGCCUUGUUUUGCUUUGGGAGCCCCCAGCCCUGGGGAGAUGACCCUCACCUCUCCAAAUCCUUCACCUUUGUUUGCUUUGGGAACCCCCAGCCCUGGGGAGAUGACCCUCACCUCUCCAAAUCCUUUGCCUUUUUUUGCUUUGGGAGCCCCCAGCUCUAGGGAGGUGACCCUCACCCCUCCAAAUCCUUUGCCUUUUUUUUGCUUUGGGAGCCCCCAUUCCGGGGAGAUGACCCUCACCCCUCCAAAUCAUUCGCCUUUUUUUAUCUUUGGGAGACUCCAUCCCUGGGGAGAUGACCCUCACUCCUCCAAAUCCUUCACCUUCUUUUGCUUUGGGAGCCCCCAGUCCUGGGGAGAUGACCCUCACCCCUCCAAAUCCUUCGCCUUUUUUAUCUUUGGGAGCCCCCAGUCCUGGGGAGAUGACCCUCACCCCUCCAAAUCAUUCGCCUUUUUUAUUUUUGGGAGACUCCAUCCCUGGGGAGAUGACCCUCACCCCUCCAAAUCAUUCGCCUUUUUUAUAUUUGGGAGCCCCCAGCCCUGGGGAGAUGACCCUCACUCCUCCAAAUCCUUCACCUUCUUUUGCUUUGGGAGCCCCCAGCCCUGGGGAGAUGACCCUCACCCCUCCAGAUCCUUCGCCUUCUUUUGCUUUGGGAGCCCCCAGCCCUGGGGAGAUGGCCCUCACCCCUCCAAAUCCUUCGCCCUGGCCCACCCCAAGCGCGGGCGAGGAGUUUCCUUAUGCAACAUUUCCUAUGCAAGGGGCCGGCUGGGUCCCCCCUCUCCACCCCCUCAAAUUCCCAUAACCCUACCCCCAUUUCAGGGCCCAGGAAAUAGGAGGUUGGGCGGGGGGCGGGGGGGAUGACAUGGUUCCCCCGGUCCUCCCCUCGGCUAGAAGAGCCGUGACCAGGUGGCCCGGGGCUCGGGCUCAUAUUGACCCGGGUCUCCCGGCGAGGGCGAGGUCAGAGGCGGGGAGGGCGACUCGAAGCCUGGGCUCUUGGGGGAACGGGGAACAGUCCAGGCGGGUCAGGGGAAAAAAACCCAAAAUGACCCCCGAGGGGACUGGACGUGACAGAGGGGGCGAGGAGUGAAGCAAGGCGUGGGAAUUUCCGUCCUAAAACAUAGGGGAGCACAGCGUGCGUGUGAGAGUGUGAAGGCCCGCCCGCCUCAGGAGCCACCUCCCCCCGUCUCCUCAGCAACGGGGCGGGCUUGCGGCUCGCGCGCAUGCGCGCUCGCUCCCGGCGCGGAGGGGCAGGCCCGCGUCUCGUGCGCAUGCGCGCGC